GCUUGGGGAGAACAACAUGCGACGCCUUCCGAAUUCGACGCUGGUCUCGACGCGUCCGACUGGCCAGGAGCCACGCCGAGCGGGAAGUGUCAGGGGUUAAUGGCCGGGGUUGAAUGCAGCAUGAUUGGGCCAGAGACUCUUCAAGGGCCCGUCCGUUGGCCCAGUUGCGCGCUUCAACCGGCAAUGCCAGCGGCAACGGCGCACUGCCCUGAGGCGUUUCGGGAGGUCUCCCGUCACUUAAUUCACACCUCAGAAAAAGCAAGCAGGUUUUCCUGUGGCGGCUCAUGUACGGCCACCGAAAAAACGUAUCCCAUGAACUGGACGGAGGGCAAUCUAGCUCGGCAUUCCCGAGGUGGCCGUGGCAAGGAGCUGCUCCAGCGACAGAAGCAACAUUUUGCCAAGGUGAGGUCCGGAUACUUUAACAAUCACAAAGACUCGCCAAGAUCUCUCCGCGAUGAGGUCAGAUCGCCUGCACAACACCUUAGCCGGUAUGGUCAAAGGCCUGAGCCGCCUGUCUUGACUGAGGCCGACCGAGGUCAAAAACGCCCCAGGUCCUCACAAAGGCAAUUCCGGGAUCCUCCUGGGGUCACUACAGAAGCUGAACAUCUUAACCUAACAUCAUUUGACCUAUCACCAAUGCAUGUUCAGGGAUCUGCAGCAAAGCGAUUGAGGCUGUUGAACAAAAGGGAUUGGACGGGUGUGGAAGUGCAGAAAUGGGCGCAACCUCAGCCUAGUCAACGCGAGCAGAAUGUCUAUUCAAUCGCUCAAUCCAGAAAAGAGUAUCACCGCCCGCGGCCCCGGGUGCCAAUACGCCAUAUCUUGGGCGAACGAUACGAUGCACUGAUCAAGGGCAAACGUCUUUCUUGCAGGACUCCAUCAAAACCGGAUUCCAUCCGCAUCAGGGUCGGCAGCCAAGAUAUGCGGAUUGGUGGCAGCUCUGUGACAGUCCGGCCAAUAUCUGAAAAACGUGACGCAACAUCAUCUACUCACCAUAGCAGCAGGCAUCUAACCAACAAGGGCUACUUUGGGUCUUCUUCUCCGCUCGAGUCCCGCUCCAUUCGUGGCCGCCAUGCGAGAUCUAGCAGCGAACACUCGACAUCCACCACCCUCUACGGUGGCAAGACGUAUCUCCGUCGUGGGGUGAAACGGGGGGCGGACUCCUCAUCACCGUCUUCGAGGAUUCUGCAGCCUGUUCCAUGCCGAAUGCACAAUAUCAUUUUGGAUCCACUUCUAAGGAGUUGCUCUCCAAACUCAGACGCUGACGACAGUCUAAUAGCCCAGAUCGGCCGGGCUAGGCCAGUGGUUCUUCCUGAGCUGCAGGAGGAAAACAAUAAAUGGGUGCAAUUAAUGUGUCCGUCUGACAGCGGACUGUCUAUUGAUGCGUUACAAUCACACAAACUCGCAGGAUUGAAUGUGAGUCCAGGUGUAAGCGCAGACGGUUUCAAGCCAACUUCAUCGGGACAACCUCCCAUGGAAGCCAGAGUUUGUGAAGGUGAAUUUCAGGAUCUUGUGACAUCUCAACCAACCGGGGCCCCGGAAAAAAAUGAACCGUCGAUUGCCGUGCGCAUUGGCCCAAAGCCGGUGCUUCGACCAAUCUCCGCAUCUGUCUCGAGAGAAGAGCAACAACCAUCUGCUUUACUCGAAUAUCGAGAAACAGUUCCGGAUCUGGCUUUGGGGCCUGCUAUUGACCCACAAAGGUCCCUUGUAAACGAUCGCAAGAGUGAAUACGAUGCUUGGAUCAAGUCUUUUCUGUCUUCAGAGGAUAGUGAUACCAGCUUCAAUCAGCAAGCUCUACAUGAUGCCCGGCUUGACGCAGUACAAGUCAUGCAAUGCUCUAGGUUAAAGAAAGCUCCCUCCGCAGAAGAUUCGCAUGAAGGAUUGAUCUUCAGGAACACUCUGGGAACAGCUGCAUCCACCGUCAGAGCUGCAGCGAGCCAUGUAGCAACGGAUGGCUCAAUAUACUCAUCUGUGGCGUCUGGUCCACUACCUCUUGAUAGCGCAUAUGAAAGCAGGGAAUGCCAGCCCUCAACCAGCAUACAAGUCAGCAGAUCGAUCUCCGCAGAUAGCUCGGAUAGUGGCCCUGAAAACCAUGAGUGGAAGCAUGAUGGACCGUCGUUCUCUAACAAGCUGGAUUGUUUGGCCAGCGAAAGCCAUUCGGCACAAGGUACUUUCGACCACAAGGAGCUCGAGGUGAUCCGUGAUGCUAGCAUCAGAGGUAAUGCUGCGGCCUCAACCACGCACGCUGCACAAGAGUCAAUGAUUCGUGGACCAGCUUCGGUCUAUAACAUUAGCUCUGUUGUCGCCGAGCCAGCGCAGUCAAGUUCUUCCGAUGGUCACAGUUCUGCGUUCAGGUUUGCAGCUCCGAAAUUGUUUGUCGGUAAACAUGCGACUCGGCCAGUGUCUAUGACAUCCAAAUCGGGUAUUGUUGCUACUGGGCGCGGUCGGAAGGGAAGAUCCCGAGGUGACAAACUGCGGAAGGAGAGCCACAGGAGAACCAACAUCCGUCAGCUUCCGAACCACGACGGUGAUCCCAUUGAAGAAUUUAGUGACGAGAUAGAUCUGAUUGUCUGUCCGAAAUCUCCGCCAUUGUUCAAGUCUUUGCAGACCGAGUGA